CCCAACGUCGCAUCACCAACACCAUUUGCUUCCCCGGUCGCCGCGCCGAUGAUGCCAGCGACAAAUGGCUUCCGAAUUGCAUGGCAAACCGGCCCGGCCCGGCUACCAGAACCAGCAGCACCUUGGCUUUGAUUAUUCCACAGGGCCACCGCCGUCAACCCUCGCCGCUCAACUCGUCGAGAACAUCUCAACUACGGCCUCGAAGUCAUCGCGACCCGACGAGACAACCGAGCUAAAGCGACUGUUUGCUGCAAUUGAGAAGGUCAAGAACGAUCCUACCUGUCUGAAAACCCACGAAGAGCGUGUCGAGCACAACCACCUGCUCGUCUAUGUCUGCGGCGGCGUCUUCCUCGAAAGUCUCAAGCUCGACGAUGCCUUUACCGACCGGGAUCGGCUGCGCGCCGACGCGCUCAAGGCCGUCAACUUCUUGUGGGUGACCAUCAAGGAGACACCGACGGUGCUGAAGUGCACUACCGACGGGAAGACCUUUUUGGGCAGGGGCGGCGAGCCGCUCUGGGUGUGGAUCCUGCCCAAGUUGCUGCGCAUGCUGGGCCAUCGGCGGUGUAUUGGGAUAUCGAGGGAGAUUGAGCAGCUGUGCCAACGUGUGUUGCUGCUGGCUGCGGGAAAUACCGGGCUGUGGGAUUUGGGGAAGGAGUUGAUGGAGUACUUUAGGGCGAAUCUGAGUGCGAUUAUUGCGAAUUUCAAGGCUAGAAUCCCCUCUUCGCGCGAAACUCCGAUCGAAAUCAAGCUACCGCCCCAAGCUCUCCUCGACACGUUACCUCAUGGUGCACCACGCGGAUGCACCCUCACACUCCGAGACGCCGAGCACGCCAUCCGCCAUGCGCUAGGCAUACUAGAAAUAAUCAAGGGCGUUAUAAACACACAAGAGUCCCAGGCUUCUUUACUUUACGGCCAGAACCUGGUCUGGGUCUUGGACACAUUGCAACCGCUGAACUCGAUCUUACUUAGCUGGCCAAAUCCUCUUGGAAUUGGCCUGGACCCGGUUCUCCAAAUAGCCACAGACUUGGCAGACUCUCGCAGUGGCUCCCAUGGCUCAGAAGCAGUGCUCUACCACAAAGCCAGCGCAACUUUAGUUUUGGUUUGCGCAGAUUUCUUGCAAACUCCCCAACCGCUUCUCGCCCAGGACGACGACGGCGUGGCUGUGAGACGGACCUUUUGCUGUGCAUUAGUUUGUCUUGCCAAAGCUUCGGCCGAUCAUGCACCAACCUCACGGCUUGUGGUUUCCGGCUUGCUCCCUUCUGCUCAACGGCUAGUUUCAGGGGAUUGCACAGUUAGGGAAGGCACAGAUACCUGGCGAUCUGUUCUCCUUCUGACUGAGGUAACGACCAACUACCCUGAAGGUUCCCUUGAGGAAACUCAGCCGGCCAUGUUUAUUAAUGGCGACGUCCGUCUUCAAGUUCAGAAAUUGGCGCUCCGACGAAAGAGUGAUGGGUCCAGUGACCCGGUUAUCAAACGGAAAAAGCUCAAUAAUGACGAGCCAUCACUCUUUCUCGAGCUCACCCGCCAAUUGUGCCGGCUGGUGAAUUGUGACCCCGGCACCUCGGUAGAUGAAUUGGGGGCUUGUAUAAUUGAUCAAUUCCCCGCGAUGGACGAAGAGGAACAGUGCCAUCUCAUCGACCUCGUUUGCCGUAUUCCCUGUGCCGCUGACUAUACAUUGAAGCUGAGGGGGUCAAAGCAAUCAACACCAGCUGCUUUCUGGUGUUCUUUUUGCUCAGAGACGAAGUUAACCGACUUGCCGGCUGCAUCUCGACUUGACCAACUUCAUGGUAUUGGAAUCUCGAUUUUCAGCAGUAUCAUAAAGCUUCCGAGCUUCUUACAAUCCCGGCGACUUCGGGUAUCUGCUAUGAUUGUUCUCCGACGUCUCACCAAGCACUCGACAAACAGCGAGCUCUGGGACCUGGAGAAAUCUGGUCCUGGGCAAUGGUGUCUCCAGUCCUUACAAAGUUCCAUUCGAGAACUCCGCAUUGCUGCCGGACGAGCCCUCUCUAUUUUCAUCUCAGAGCCACCCACGCCGGGCUUCGACUGGGAAGUUCUGAAAAGGAACAGGGCUAACGCUUUGAGUAUACUCAAGUCAGUCUCUGACAAGGGUGUCGCAAAUCUAAACGAGACCUGCAUCAUGGCUUGGGCUCAGGUCGGCAAGGUCGUGUCCGUUGAUGAGCUCAACCUGGCCGUCAUUACACUGGUCGAGUAUCUGGGACACCGCAACAUAAUCGUGUCAGGCCUCGCUUUCAAUGAGAUCCUCAAUCUUGCCGAGUUCAGGGAAGAAACACCAGCACAGUUGUUCCAACAUUUCUGGGCAAACCUGGCGUUCUCCGUCGUCAAGGACCUAGUAUCCAAACCCCAGACGGCCCAGCUGGUUGCCGACCUGAUGCAGAUGAGUGUCUCUGACCUUCUGCUCACACUACAGAAGCACGCCCUGCCCUGGCUGGUCCUGACCAAAAAACGGGAGGUCAUCCAGAAGAUCACCGAGGCACGGGGUGACACCGAAACCUGGGAGGCGUGCAUGGAUGCGGCUAACCUGCCAUCCAUCUUGGCACUCCUCCUUGUGCAAGAUGCCCCUGAUAUCGCCUCCCAUACCAUGUCGUUACUUGGGCACGUGUCUCCUCAUGUGGAUAGGUUUGAGCUUGUGGAACUGCUGCGAACAGACCCCCUCCCUAUCGCCCUGGAGCUUCUCAAGGCCAGUGCCGGUGCGAACGAUGAACGCAAGGCGAGGGUUCGAGCAGCGCUGACCACCAUGGCAACUCUCCUUUUGGCGGACCAAAAAGACAAGCGAAAGAAGGCACAGAUUGUUGGACGCUAUCUUCAGCAGCACGCCCUCGGCUUGACAGCACGGUUGAGCGAGGUUAUCAAUGAUACCUGGCUCUCAAGUCCCCCAAUCUCGGAGCAGCAGCGGUGCCUCGGGGCUAUGGAAGAGAUGAUAAGGAUAUGCAACACCUUCGUGUGCAUUGCUCGUCCGCAAAUCUCGGCUUGCCUCAUCUCCGCUCUGGCAUCCGACGAACUGCGCUCUGCGGCCUUCUCCUGCUGGGAAGUCAUGCUCACUCACAUGGAAGCGGCCGACGUGGAGGCAUUGAUUGAGACCACCUUCUUCAUCAUUGGCUCCUAUUGGAAGAACUUCGACAGGUUGACUAAGAAGAAAGCUGAGGCUUUGAUCUGGACUCUGCUGGAAGGCCAUAACAGCAUCUUGACCGACCACGUUUAUCAGCUUCCCUCGCUCAGUCACGUAGACGAUCUUGCAGAAGUUUGUAAGGAGCUGGAUAGACUUCGAAAGCCUUUGGACAACAAGGCAGCAUUUGCUGUUUUCGCCAAGCGACUGGACCAUGAGAACCCCGGAGUGGUCGAGCAGGCGUUGGUCGAGCUAAUUGCAUUCCUCGACAAGAACCAAGACUACCUUCAAACCUCGGCCAUCAGCGAGCAACCAAACUCGGUUGUUGUCACCGAACUCAUGCGCUCCCUGCUGAACUGCUCUGCGAAAUACAAUGGCUGGCAUCUCGAUGUCACCCGGCUCUGCGCCCAGGCGGUUGGCCUCGUUGGUUGCGUAGACUCAAACCGCCUAGAGGCGGUGCGCGAGCAGAGUCAGUUUGUCGUCACCCACAAUUUCGGAGAUGCGUCCGAAACCACCGACUUUGUCGCCUUCAUGCUUGAGAACGUACUCGUCAAGGCUUUCCUGUCAACCGCCGACACCAAGUUUCAGGGGUUCCUCUCCUAUGCGAUGCAGGAGCUUCUCCUGAGAACCGACUUCAACUAUGCUCACCUCCAACAAAGUCAAGGUGGCGUCAACGAGGCCAUCUACAGAAAGUGGCUGACUUUCUCGGAGAACACACGGGAGGUGUUGACACCGUUCUUAUCGUCCCGAUUCGGAGUUGCUCCUAUGGCGCAGCAGCCGACCGACUAUCCGAUAUUCAAACCCGGGCGGUCGUAUGCUUUCUGGCUCAGAGCUCUUGUUCUCGACCUCCUGCGCAACGGCCAAAACUUGAACAGUGAAGCUGUUUUCGAGCCUCUAUGCCGGCUGAUCAAGGUUAAGGACCUCACCGUGACUGAGUUUCUGUUACCGUAUGUGGUAUUGCAUGUCAUUGUUGGCCAGGAAAGAACGGACGAUUUCAGGAACAAGAUCUCGGCUGAGUUGGUGGCGAUGCUGAAGUACCAACCCCCGGAGACUGCUUCGUAUGUGGAAAAGGAGGAGGCGAAGCUCUUCUAUCAGGCCGUGUUUCGCAUCCUUGACUAUUGCAUGAGGUGGAAGCAGGUCAAGAAGUCCCAACACGGACUAACAGAGCGCGACCAGCAACAGAUCAAAUGGGUCCAGGGAGUUAUUGGCUCUCUUGACCCGGAGCUGAUAUCCCAGCGAGCAGUUGACUGCAACGAAUAUGCCCGAGCGCUCUUCUUUCUGGAGCCGCACGUUGAGAGCCGCGAGGAUAAAGCGGGUAGGGAAGAGAACGAUCGUAUUUUGCAGACUUUGCAGAGUAUUUACACGCAAAUCGAUGACCCGGAUGGUCUCGAAGGUGUAUCGGCACACUUGCAACAUGUCACCCUGGAUCAGCAGGCCCUCAACCACCGCAAAGCCGGGCGGUGGACGGCAGCGCAGACAUGGUAUGAGAUCCGGCUUGCCGAGUCCCCCGAGGAUGCGGACAUCCAACAAGAUCUCUUGACUUGUCUAAAGGAAUCCGGACAACACGAUGUCUUGCUCAAUUAUGUCGAAGGCAUGAGCGUAAACAACAUAAACAGGAUCGCACCAUUCGCCGUCGAAGCUUCAUGGGCCACCGGCAGAUGGCAAACCGUCCAGAAGUAUCUUCAGCUGUACAGCGCGGGAGAUGUCUCUGAGGUGUUCAACCUCGGCAUCGGGCAAGCCCUGCUCUGCCUCAAAAACGGAAAUGUGGACAAGUUCAAGGAGCAUAUUCAGAUGCUGAGGGACAAGGUGGCUGGUUCCAUGACAUACUCAGCGACAGCUUCGCUGCGCGCUUCUCACGACGCCAUGCUCAAGUGUCAUGUUCUGAGCGACCUGGAGAUGAUUGCCAAUGAGAAACUCAGGGGAGACGGCGAUCAGCAGGGCGUCCUUGUGAGCCUGGACAGACGGCUCGAGGUUCUCGGGGCGUACGUGAGUGACAAACAGUAUCUGCUCGGGAUCAGGCGAGCGGCGAUGGAGUUGAUGCGACCCAAAUUUGGGAAUGAAGACAUCUCGUCACAAUGGCUAUCCAGCGCGCGGUUGGCGAGAAAAGCCGGGUCGAUGCAUCAGUCCUUCAACGCCGUGCUGCAUGCGCAGCAGCUUGGAGAUGGUUCCGCUGUCAUCGAGAACGCCCGGUUGUUUUACAAAGAUGGGCAUCACCGCAAGGCCAUCCAAACCUUGCAACUCGCCAUCUCCACCAACUCUUUCAUCAAUGACAGCUCCAUCAGCAUCAGUGUGCCACCGACCUCGAGCAAGGGGCCGGCAACACAGCGCAACCUCUUGACGGCAAGAGCCCACCUCCUCCUUGCAAAGUGGCUCGACUCGACGGGUCAGACAAAUGCUGCAGCACUUCGGACGCGAUACCAGCAAGCAGCCAAGACACACUCCAAGUGGGAGAAGGGCCAUUACUACCUUGGACGCCAUUACAAAAAGAUCUUGGAGUCGGAGAAGGCGCUGAAACCAGACGACCAGAGCGACUCAUAUCUGAGCGGCGAGACGGCCAAGCUGGUGAUCGAGAACUAUCUCCGCUCUCUCAUUUAUGGGACAAAGUAUCUCUCUCAGACUUUGCCGCGCAUUCUAACAUUAUUCCUUGAACUGGGUGCUCAAGUUGACAACGACAAAACGCCCGACGGCAAAGUAUCGAUAUCUCGGGAGCUGCAGAUGCGCAGGAGGGCCAUCCUUCACGAAGUAUGCAAGAACUUCCAGAAAAACAUAAUUCGCCUGCCAGCAUACGUAUUCUACACCUCUCUGCCGCAAAUUGUGGCAAGGAUAGCGCAUCCUAAUAUGGAGGUGUUCAGGGUGCUGGAGCAGAUGAUUCUGAAAGUGGUCGAGGCUCAUCCCCAGCAGGCCUUAUGGAGUCUAUUCCCGCUCAUGGCGUCGAGACAGUCUGGCGAACGCCGGACCAGAGGACUCCAAAUCCUACAUGCUGCUCGUAACCUUGGAAAGAAGGCGGAUGCGUCGUCCCAUGACCUGAAGUCGUUGCUGAAAGUGGGCGAGAAGCUGGCCGAACAGCUCUUGCUAGCUUGCAAAAACGGCGAUUUUCCAAACAACAGGACGACGACCGCGAGUAUCACGAGAGAUCUCAACUUCAACCACCAGUGCACGCCCUGUCCGCUAGUGGUACCGGUCGAGGGUUUUUUGACCGCCACGCUACCGACACUGACGGAUAGCUCCCGGAAACACAAAGCAUUCUCCAGGGACGUGGUCACCAUCAGAAGUUUCCUCGACCAGGUCCUCGUUCUCGGAUCCUUGGCGAAACCACGCAAGCUUACGGCCUGCGGGUCUGAUGGUAAGCAGUAUGGCCUGCUGGUCAAGCCCAAAGACGAUCUCCGUACCGACCAGCGGCUGAUGGAGUUCAACACGCUCAUCAACCGGUCUCUCAAGCGGGACGCCGAAUCCAGCAGGCGUCAACUCUACAUCCGCACGUACGCCGUCACGCCGCUCAACGAGGAGUGUGGUAUCAUUGAGUGGGUGGACGGGCUCAAGACGCUGCGCGACAUCUUGCUUGCCAUCUACAAGUCGCGCGGCAUUGUACCCAAUUACCCGGAGCUCGCAGCUCAAAUGAUUCAAGCUGCCGCCUCGCCCGCAAACAUCCGCAUUUUCACCGAGGAUGUCCUGGGGAAGUACCCGCCGGUCUUGCCCGAGUGGUUCAUCGCGCAGUUCCCCAACCCGUCGGCGUGGUUCGCUGCGCGGCUCAAGUACACGCGCUCCUGCGCGGUCAUGUCCAUGGUCGGCACGAUCCUGGGGCUGGGCGACAGACACGGGGAGAACGUGCUCCUCGAAGAAGGCAACGGCGGCAUCUUCCACGUCGACUUCAACUGCAUGUUCGACAAGGGCAUGACGUUCCCGCAGCCCGAGUGCGUGCCGUUCCGGCUGACGCACAACAUGGAGGCGGCCAUGGGCAUCUACCGGACCGAGGGCCCCUUCCGGCGGUGCAGCGAGCUGACGCUGCGCAUCCUCCGACAGCAGCAGGAGACGCUCAUGACCAUCCUCGAGGCCUUCAUCUACGACCCCACCCUCGACCUGCAGCGCACCAAGCGCCACCACGAGGGCACCAAGGUCAAGCUCAACCCCACGAGCGCCGUCGAGAGCAUCCGCCGCAAGGUUACGGGCCUGCUGCCUAAGGAGAGCAUCCCGCUCGGUGUGGAGGGCCAGGUCGAGGAGCUGAUCAAGGCGGCGGUCAAUCCGAGGAAUUUGACGGCCAUGUAUAUUGGGUGGUGUCCUUUCUUGUAGGCGUUAAGGGGCUGCUUUUGUUUUUGUGAUGGCGAUUUAGCGUAACGAGCAUCUUCCGAGGCUAAGUGAUUAAUGAUGAAUGAUGGGACGGGAUUGUAUGGAUAUCACAUUGGGAAUAGCUCAUCCAAGACUGUUUUCUCUAA